UGGAAGUGGGGAAGCCGAGGAUGUUCUAUUCGCACACAAUAUUGGCUCGGAAGGGCCCUUUGAAUACCGUCUGGUGCGCCGCCCAUCUCCAACACCGCCUCAAAAAGUCCCAUUACGCCUCCACCGAUAUCCCCUCCACCGUCGAUCGCAUCAUGUUUCCGGAGGUUCCGAUUGCUCUGAGAAUGUCGGGCCACCUUUUGCUGGGGGUUGUUCGUAUCUACUCGAAGAAAGUGGAGUAUCUUCACCAGGACUGUAAUCUUGUAUUGAAUGGCCUAAGGAAGGCUUUUGCUUCUAUAGACUUGAGCUUGCCGGAGAACGCAAUGCAAGCGCCGCUCCAGUCUAUUACUUUGCCUGACAAUCUAAAUCUUGAUGCUUUUGAUUCCGGUCCUGACUUUGAUUAUGAUGGGGCUCACAGUGAUCAUCUUGGGAAUCACGAGGACAUCACACUAUCAGAACAAUUUCCUAUUGCAACAAACCCUUUUGUUGUUAUAACUGUAGAUGAGGAUAUCCUGAUGGAGUAUCCAUCACAUCAAACUGAGGAUUUUGGUUCACAUGCUACCCCUAUGGAUAUGGACACUGUACCUCUACAUCCGGAAGUGGAUACUCAUAGUCCAGUCAAUCUGUCAGAUGAACAAACAAUUGAUAAUGACGAGGUAAACCCUCAAGGUCCUGAAGGAGUAUUAUGUGUUCAUAGUCCGGCGCAUGAACAACGGAGGCCUAGUGAUGAUACCCUUCCAGACCGUCCAGAAAUGGAAAGUGAGAAGGAUUAUAGAAGUCAAGAUCCUGGACCAAGUCAGGCUACAGAAGUUCUUAACUUGAGUGAGAAAGACAACAGUUCUACUGAAGAUGUUCAAGAAAUAGAAACUGAACGCAAUGCAGUUUCUGAUAUAGGCUCAGAAACCUUUCUAUUUUCUGCCAGUCAUGAGAAUGAUGUUACUGAACCACAUGACCCACCUACAAAUGAGAAGGCCGUACUUUCUCCAAUUACAGAGGGAAGUAUGCAUUCAAUUGGGCCGUCUCCAGCAGUCCAGCCAAGCUUAGGAACACCAGCUUCUGUUGCUUCUUUAUCUGAGGGUCGACAGAAUAUCAAUACAUCUGUUUCAAUUGCAAUUCAAUCAACACCCCUUAUUGAACAGCCACCUAUUGAACAACCAGUUAUUGAGCAGCCAAGACCAAGGAAAAGAAAGAAGCAGUACUUUGAUGAUCCUGUUGUGCUAUCUAAUAAGUUUAUUGGGAAGACAAUUAAAGAUGCAAGUGAUUUGAGGCGCAAAAGGAAAAAGCUUCCGUCCUCUACAUUGGGUAUUUGGAAGUUGAACAAUGCUUUGAGAAAGGAACAAGCGUUCCUUCAGCUUUCAUUAACAGGGUUAUGCUCUGAUCUUUGUAACAUAUAUGAUGAAACAUACAUAUCUACAAAAUCCCAUUUGUUUGAGGAAGCUCUUCCAGACCCCAGGCAAUCACCUGCUUCUCCCACAACCAAAGUGCUCUCAGAAGAUAGGGCUGCACUAUCUCCUAUGCCUCCUCGUACAACUGAUGUCUCCCCAGAUCACGGAGUUGGAAACUCUGCCCCUGCCAAUGAAGUUCCACAGUCCCAUUCUUCUCCUGCUACUGAGUGUGAAGAUAUUGAACACCUUAGAGGUGGUGAACAUGAUGGGGACAAUACUACACCGGAUUCACCACCUCAAAGGCAUUCUCCGAUAAUAUAUGACUUUACUCCUGCCCCAUCGAAAAUGGGGUCAGCUUCAGUUCCUUUAUUGGAAACAAAUACUGGAACUGAAAUACUGCAGACACCAGAUUUAACAGUGUCAGCUGGAUUUAGAGAGUCUGAAUUUGGAACACAAAGGACAACUUUAGAGAAGGGAGUACGGCCUGAGUACGCAGUUCCUUCACAUAAUCACGAGUCAACAAUUGAGGAAGCAGAAGAUCUUUGGUUUUUGGAAGCAGAUGAUCGUACUCCAGCUGGUUCUCAUGGAUCAGGAGUUGAUUCAUUGUCAGUCAGAACCAGGGCUGUGGCUCAAUAUUUGAAAAGCCAAUCUCCAGAAGACCUAUCCAGUGAUCUCAGCUUGAACAAAAUUUUAGAAGGAAAAAGAAGAAAGCUUUGUGCUAGAAUGUUCUUUGAAACACUGGUUUUGAAGAGCUAUGACCUUAUUGAUGUAAAGCAAGAAGCUCCUUAUGGUGACAUUAGAUUGAAGUUGACUCAAACCCUUUCAAAGGCUCAAAUCUAAGAUGAUCUGAAGUUGUUUAAUGUGCCUUUUGGCUUUCACAUAUAUAGGUAAAGGAUCUUAUUGCCUACUUCUGGUUGAGCUUUGUAUUGUAACGAUGUUGGUGGGUUUAAUGUUUUUCU